AUGCCUCUCACCUUCCUUGACGUCGUUAAUAUCUGCAACAAUGUUCACCUGCGCCGCGACGCGACAGGACUCUACGAUGUCUCCUACGGCUCUGAAGCUCUGGUGCCGUUCUACCUCUCUGAAAAUGUCGGUAGCGGCGUUAUUGGACUACUUCGACCCAUUUUGGUCGAGCAACUGAAACUCGAGAACGCGAGGAGGGCUAAAGAAGACCUACAGGAAAUAUGGUGCUUGCGACUCGAACCCUUGCACUUCGUCCCUCUGAAGAAUGGUGCCAUCGGGCCCAGCGUCAGCUUCAGAGCUUGGUUGGACACACCAACCAAAAGAUCAGCGGCCCUGAAGGAGCUAUGCGAGAGGUGGAGGGAUACUGGACUCUUCGCCGACAUUUGCGGUCCGGCGAAGUGGAGAUCGGAGAUGUACCCCAUCUACGCGGACCCCUAUGGAAUCCAUGAUCAUCCACUCACCGCCGGACGCGAAGAUGGCCUCAAUUAUGCCUUUGAGGUGGAGCGUUCUGUCUGCCCUCUCUUUGGUCUGGUGGCAUACGGGGUGCACAUGAACAUUUAUGAGGAGAGAAUUCUGGAGGAUGGGCAGCGUAGCGUCCGCGUGUGGAUUCCAACUCGAGAGUCUAACAGACCUACCUUUCCGGGAUUCCUAGAUAACACGGCAGCAGGUGGGAUCCCGAGUGGAAUACCCAUUUUCGAGGCUGUUAUCAAGGAGUGCAUGGAGGAAGCCAACAUUGAAUCCCACAUCCUGCGAAAGCACGCUCGAGCCGUCAGUUCUAUCAGCUACUUCUACAGGAACGAAGAGGGCUGGCUACAGCCAGAGGUUGGAUAUGUUUAUGACCUUGCCAUUCCCCCAGGUGUUAACCGUGCCCCGUUCACUCCCUGUCCUCUUGAUGGAGAGGUCGAGUCAUUCGAGUUCAUGCCACAUGAAAAAAUCCUUGAGCAGCUUCGCGCUGGCCGUUUCAAACCCAAUUGUGGUCUAGUAAUUCUGGAUCUGUUUAUUCGAUUGGGUUAUGUUACACCUGAUAACGAGCCGAAUCUUUUAAAGGUGAUGAAUCGAUUGCAUGGUUCGGCUGAUUAUGAGAAAUGGUGA